GAACCGGAAACAUUACGCAGAGGUCACAUGAUCCAGUGGCAGCAUGCUUUAGGGAUAGUAGGAGGUGACCUUACUGAAGUCUUAUUGAAUUGCUGCUCUUCUAUUUCAUUUCAUGUGAAAGCAAACUCUUCUGAGAUCAGGAAUGGCAGAAGCACAGCAGGCUCGAAUGCAGAAGGCAGUUGAAGAUAUGGUUCAGAGUCUGGAGAGAGAUUACAUCCGUAAGAUGCAGGCACAGAUGUUUCGCUGCAGUGCAGAAUGCUGCGAGCGUCCUAGUGACUCCAUGAACCAGGUGCAUCAGUGUAUAGACCGCUGCCACACACCACUGGCCAAAGCUCAAGGAUUGGUUACUAGUGAGCUUGAAAAAUUUCAGGACCGUCUCACAAGAUGUACGAUGCAUUGUAAUGACAAGGCCAAGGACCUGUUUGACUCCGGGGCGAAAGAGCCAGUCGUGCGGGCACUGAUGGACAGCUGUGUGAGCAGUUGUGUGGAUGAGCACCUCAACAUGCUGCCCAGUAUGACCCGCAGACUUAAAGACAGCUUGAACUCAAUACCUCAGUGAAGAAACAUUUGGCACAGAGGCUAAACAAAAUUAUUGUAAUGGACUUGUCUUACUAGAUGGAAGAACUUGCUUUUGUGAAGGUUACUCUUCGAUAUCACAACAGUGUGAUGUUUUUGUGAAUGGCGUGUUGAUUUCUGUCUCUGUGUUGUUUGCGGCUUUUGUACAAACAAUAAAAAAUGUGAUAACCAAGUAUGACAUCUGUUGAAUGUGGCACAGAGAGAUGUAUGAAUUAAAGGGAUAGUUCACCCAAAAAUGAAAGUUCUCUCAUAAUUUACUCACCCUCAUGCCAUCCAAGAUGUGCAUGACUUUCUUCUGCAGAACAGAAAUUAAGAUUUUUAGAAGAAU